AUGAGCAGGCCAAGUUGUCGGGCCAGCGCGCAAUGGGUGCGACAAUUCAGCACCUCGGCCCGUCGUCCGCAGAGCAGCGCGCAAGACGCCGCAGCGCGUCUCCUCGACACCUUUGCCGGCAAGACGGUGCGCCAGCACCAGCUCCUCGACGGCAACCAGCUCCAGAAGCUGUCCCUCACCCUGAACCGGCCGUCCAUCGGCGCCCACGACGUGACCGCGCGCGCGCCGCCCGCCGGCACGCCCGUGCCGCCCGGCCACCACCUCGUCUACUUCACGCCGGCCGGCCUCGAGGCGAGCCUGGGCCCCGACGGCUCCGACCGGACCUACAACGCGGCGGCGCCGUUUUCCCGACGCAUGUGGGCGGGGGGCACGAUGCGGUGGCCCGGCGGCGGCGGCGCGUGCCUCCGCGUCGGCGACGAGGUGGAGGAGCGCACGACGCUGCUGAGCGCGACGGCGAAGAAGAGCCGCUCGGCCGGCGAGAUGGUCCUGGUCGACGUGGUCAAGGAGCUGGAGGGACCGCGUGGCGUGGCCGUCGUGGAUCGCCGCUCGUGGGUGUUUCGGCCGGAAGUCGACGCCGGCGGUGGUGCGGAGGCGGCGGCGCCGCGACGGACGAGGCACGGGCCGACGGUGGUUCGGGAUGUAGCAGGCGAAUCAGAAUGCCUCUUCCGCUUCUCGGCGCUGACGUUUAACGGGCACAAGAUUCACUACAACGAAGGCUGGACGACGGCUGUUGAGGGCCACCCGGGCGUUGUCGUGCAUGGGCCGCUGAAUCUCAUCAAUAUCCUGGACUACUGGAGGGAUGUCCACGGACAUGGCCAGGCGCCAAAGGAGAUUGUCUACCGCGCCGUGGCGCCGUUGUACGCAGGUGACGAGUAUCAGGUGCGCACUGCCAGUUUAGAGGACGGCGCCGACGGCAAAAAGUAUCAAAUAUUGGCGGAGAAGGAUGGUCUUGUGUGCAUGAAGGCCGAUGUACUGUGA